AUGGUUACAGAGGAAAUUAAUGAAAAUUCAAUUGCAGAACGUUUACAUCAACCUGUACCUUUAGAUUUAUCUUAUCAUUCAUCAAUUUCAAAUGAAUCAAAUAUUUCUAAUCAAUUAUCAAUUUCAACAAUAACAACACCAUUUAUUAAUAAAUAUGAUAAAUCUACUAAUAUACAAUUAAGUAGUUUACAACAUACAUGUAUUAGUAUACCAAUUAAGACAUCACAAUUAAAUGAUAAAUUCGAUAAUCAAUUAUAUUUUCCACAAUCAUCUAUUAUAGAACAAGUGAAUACAUUAUAUAGAUCUAAUUUAGAAAAAUUACAAAUGUUUUAUACAUUGAAAAGAAGUCAAUUAAAAUCUAUGAAUGAUUUAUAUCAUUCACCAUUAAUAACUAUACCACCACCUGAACAAUUAUUAGCAUUAACAAUGUUACAUAAUCAUAAAUCUAUUAAAUUCACUCCAAUAAUCAACACGAGUAAUAAUAAUAAUAAUAAUAAUAUUUCAUUGUUACCAAGACAAUUAAAUCAAACCAUUAAAAACGACUUAGUUACUAAUUUAUCUUCAACUAUUCCAUCAUUAUAUGAUAAUCAAUUCAUCGAUUUAAACAAUAAUAAUGAUAAUAAUCAAUAUUGUAAUUCAAUUCCAUUUGAAUUAAUAUCGAUUUAUUUAAAAAUGUUAGAAAAAUCAAAAAAUUUUAAUGAAAUUUACAAAAAUGAUGGUAGUAACUAUUCCUAUGAAACUAUUUAUAAAUGGUUAUUAUCAUUACGUAAGAAUAUUUAUACAACAAUCGAUAAAGAUUUAAAUAAUCCGCCUUUGAAUUAUCCAAUUAAAACAAAACUUUCACAAACAGUAGUUCAUGUUGAAAGUGAUAAUAAUAAUAAUGAUAAUAAUAAUAAUAAUAACGGUAUUAAGAAUAUACCUAAGAAACAUAAAACAAUAACAAGUGUUUUAGAUGUAUUACCAUCAGAUAGUAUAGAAGUAGUACAAGGAUUAUUAUCAACAUGUGUAAAUCAUUUUACACCUAAACGUGAACGUUAUACAUGCCAUUUUUGUGGUAAACUAUUUCCUAGAUCAGCUAAUCUUACUAGACAUAUACGUACACAUACUGGUGAACAACCAUAUAAAUGUAUACAUUGUCCAAGAUCAUUUAGUAUUAGUUCUAAUUUACAACGUCAUAUACGUAAUAUACAUCAAAAAGAAAGACCAUUUCACUGUAAUGUUUGUUUAAAACGUUUUGGACAACGUGCCAAUUUAGAGAGGCAUGUUCGAAAUCAUUUAAUCAGUAAAUAUCAUCAUCAUCAUCAUCAACAGCAGCAUCAAUACAAGCCAUUAUUAUCACCUACAUGGUCAUCAUCAUAAUCAUCCUUCAUCUUUUCAACAGUGAACACAAAUUUUUCCCUAGAAUAACGUGAUAUUAUAUCAAGUAAUUCAAAUAGAGUUUAUCCUAAUGCUGUCCAUCAAUAAGACAGACAUUUCUCUCUAUGUAUUCUUAUUUAAAGCCUUUAAUAUUAGUGAUUUUAUAACUUUCUUCUCAAAUCAACCCUGAUAAAGAAUUUUGUUGAUCUUGUGUUCAUAUAUACACAUACAUAUAUGAUAAUAGUUACUUGAUUUGAUGUAAUUUAUGUUUGUUUGUUUGUUGUUCACAUUGAUGACCAUGAUCUUAUGAUUGGUUUGAUCAAUCAAUUAUGUAUAUCUUGUCUUCUCUUCUUUUUCCGUUGUUGUUGUUGAAAAGUAGUAAUAAUUGGAUGAUGUACUCGCUUCCUUUAGUUAUCUUACAUAUAAUACACCCUGUGUAGUGUAUAUCGUCUGUUAUCUGUCAUAUUCAUGAAUCUAUACAUGCAAAUAUAUACACAUUUAUAUACAGUUUAAUACAUAUACAUAUAUAUAACAAGAUAAGGAAAAGACUUCACAUUGUUGAUGAUAAGUUGUUUUUCUCUUUUUAGAUAAUCCUGUAGUUAUUAACAACCAACCAACCAAUCAAAUCAACAACAACAAACCAACGAACAAUCAAACAAAAGUAUCUCAUAUUUAUCACAUCCUUAAAUAAUAUGGAUAAAUAAAUGACUACCGGAAAACAAAAUUUCUUCUUUCUUUCUUUCGUUCGGC